UAGUGAGGGUUGUACUAAAAUUUAGCAAGAAGAAACUUGGUGGUGGACUGGUGGUGGUGAGGAGCAGCAGCGAUUUUGCCACUGCAGAGCUCCCAAAUUCCAUCAUUUAUUAUUCGAAAAAGAAGAGGAAAUUUAGAACCAGCUAAUUCAAUCAUGGAUAUGCAAGCCCUAGCUUCGUCGUCUUCGUCUACCAGCGGAAGUUCUGCCAAUCCUCCGCCGCCGGAGGAUGCGUGGUUCAACACUUAUCUGAAGCUAAUUCCUCAAUGGCAAUCUCUUCCCACGGAGAUGAUCCCAGUUGAAAUAUCUAGAGUUAAUCAGGUAGAUGCUGGACGGCUUGACGUUGAAAUGUCGGCUAUGUUAAAAGAGCAGUUGGUUAAAGUUUUUUCUUUACUGAAGCCAGGAAUGCUAUUCCAAUACGAGCCUGAACUCGAUGCAUUUCUUGAGUUUCUAAUAUGGAGAUUUUCGAUAUGGGUUGAUAAGCCUACACCUGGUAAUGCUCUCAUGAACUUGAGGUAUAGGGAUGAACGUGCAGUUGAGCCAAGGGUAAAAGUUAGAAUGGGGCUGGAGGGGCCAGGAUUAACUGUUUCUCAGAAGAUAUGGUACUGUAUAGCAACUGUUGGUGGUCAGUAUAUUUGGGCCCGACUUCAGUCGUUUUCUGCUUUCCGUAGAUGGGGUGAUACUGAGCAGAGAUCACUAGCUCGUCGGAGUUGGUUUCUCCUACAACGCAUAGAAGGAUUUUAUAAGGCUGCAUCCUUUGGAAACCUUCUCAUAUUCCUUUUGACAGGAAGGUAUAGGAGUCUUAUUGAGAGAGCCUUACGAGCAAGGCUUGUCUAUGGAAGUCCAAAUAUGAAUCGAUCUGUGAGCUUUGAGUACAUGAACCGGCAGUUGGUGUGGAAUGAAUUUUCGGAAAUGUUGUUGUUGCUUCUUCCACUUCUCAAUUCGUCGUCCCUCAGGAAAGUUCUCCGUCCAUUCUCAAAAGAUAUAUCUUCAAACUCGGAAGGGGAUGAUGCUUUAUGCCCCAUUUGCCAGGCAACUCCAACCACUCCAUUUUUAGCUCUUCCGUGUCAGCACAGGUAUUGCUAUUACUGUCUUCGAACAAGAUGCUCUGCUUCCAUGUCUUUCCGGUGCUCCAGGUGUAGCGAACCCGUUGUUGCAAUGCAACGACAUGGGGACUCUGUCUCCAACGAAACUCACUGAAAGAGUUGCACAAGGUGAAGGAAAUGAUGAUGCACAAUUAAAAUCAUGUACGGUGUUGAAAUUUAAGAAGUAUAGAUUCGUUUAUAAAGAAAAGUACUCCAUCUGGUUGAUGAAAAUUUGAUCAAAGAAUGUUCUAUCACAGUUUUUCAAUUUCAAUACUUGUCUUGAUCAAA